UUGACGCGUCACACGUGUAUGUUAUGUUGCUGUGGAAAUACUCAUUUCUACUUGCAGCAUUGGACUUUUUCCACCGCUUCCUGCUUUGUUACAACGGUGUGGAGUUUUGUCUCAGAUCAAGUCAUGGUUGUAAAGAAGCAUUGGAUGAUGUCAAGCUGAAGGGCCUGACAGUGCACUUGGUAGUGGUCCAGAUUGGCUGUCUCUCCUCUACAAGCACAGAUCACUGCUCACACUUAAGAGAUAGCAUCACUUCCUGUCUGGAUGGCUUUAAAAUCGGUUCUGGUUCUGCUCUUGGAGAGUCAGUGAGCUUCUCUCAUGCUCAAGCCGUGCUGUACUGUCUUGCAAGCAACUUUCUUGAAGUCAAACAGCUCGCCUGCAACCUCUUACAAAAACUGCCCCCCGCAGCAGUGCGACUCCAGGAGCCGGAGAGGCUGCAGUCUUUGCUGCAGGUUGCUCUGGACCCCAGCACCAAACCCUUUGACAGCGUCACUGCUACGCAUCUUCUCAACCUGAUGCUGCACCAGCCGGGUCUGCGGGAUGCAUUGAUCAGCUGCAUCCAGAAGCAGCACAUCCCUGUCCAGCCACCAGCACUGAUCCAGUCCCAGGCGUCUGAGGCUUCCGGUCUGGAGCAGAACACCCUGGCAGUGGUGCAGUGGCUGAUGGUGUGUCUGAAGGAAGAAAAUAUAAACAAUCUUUUAUAUCUUGGUAAAAAGAUAUAA